AUGGCAGGGGAGUCGCGGACCGAGCUUCUCAACUGGCUCAAUGUCACCCUUGAUCUCAACUAUACCAAGGUAGAAACAUGUGGAACAGGCGCGGCUUUCUGCCAGCUCAUGGAUUCCAUUGUAGGAGGCAUCCCCAUGUCCAAAGUGCGGUUCGAUGAUGCGCGAACAGAAUAUGACUAUCGACUGAACUGGAAGAUUCUCCAGGCUGCCUUUACGAGAAACGGAAUUACCAAACAUAUCGAAGUGGAAAAGUUAAUCAAAUGUCGACUACAAGACAACUUGGAGCUAUUGCAGUGGUUCCGCAAAUAUUGGUUGGAAAAUAAGGGAUACAAUGACAACUACGAUGCGCGUACCAAACGACCCAAUAACACGACUGCAACGACAUCGUCACCCACUGCAGUAGCCUCUGCCGGUCGUCGUGUCUCAUCAGCAUCUAAUGGUAGAACGUCGUUGAUGACUCCAACCACUCCUGUGCUGAACUUGACUCAAAAUCAUACUGCUUCCUCUUCAAAGUUGACAGCUAAAUACACACGUGAGUUGUCUGAGUCAAAGCAGCAGAUAGCCAGUCUCAACGAGGAGCUCCAAGAGUACCGUAUCUCAUCGGAAAGCUUGGAGACCGAACGUAAUUUUUACUUCAACAAAUUGCGUCAAAUUGAGAUUCUUGUCCAGCACAUUACAGAAAUGCAAGAGUCUGAAAAUUUGGACGAGAUCGCAGCACUCACCGUACCUCAAUUCGCGACACAGAUCCAGACUAUCUUGUACUCGACUGAAGAAGGCUUCCAGUCGACAAACGAAGUGGAGCAUGAGUUGGGUGCAAAUGGCGCUGCAGCUGAAAGUUUUUCCGAUGAUGAAGGCUUCUAACAAACAUAGCAUGAAUAACUAUAUACAAAUAUAUAUAUUUGAUACCACAUCUCAGGAAUAAGUUCAACGUAACGGUCAUUCUGCGUACAUUGGUGAUUUACUGCUAGUUCCUCGAAUGCACAUCCAAAUAUGC